AUGUCUCACUGUGGCCUCGUCAAAGUUAAGCCAAUUGGAUUAAAUGAGUCCGAACAAGACGUUAAGAUCAGCACAUCAGAACACCGGAAAAUCCUCUGGAGUCUCGAACCUCUAACAAGGUGGAUGUGGGUGCUGGGAAUUCCAAUUCCUCCCUCACUGGAAGACUCUAAUUGUCGGCUGCCCAGUCAUCUCUAUCGCAUCUUUUGUUUCUCUAUAGUAUUGUUGAUCCAAUCAAGUCAGCUAAUCCACAUCUUUUAUCACGCCGAGGAUGUUUCAAUGGCUUACAUGAGCGGAUUGGCAACAUCGGCCUUGAACUCCGUCUUCAUCAUUGAAAAUUUUUGUUUGGCCGUUUACAUCGUCGGCAGUCAUGUUUGCUUUUUAUUACUCACUCGAUCGAAGACAUGGUCGGAUUUAAUUAAUUCAUUCGCUCUGCUGGAGGAAAGCAUUUCAUGUUCGGACAAACUCUUCAUUUCUUGCAGAAAACUUGCUGUCAAAUUGAUUAUUUACCUAAUCUUUUCGUUUGUGUGGGUGGCGGCCCUACUAGUCAUGGAAAACAUUUACAAUAGCAAUUCUGUCACACGCAAAAUUAUGGACGUGUCUGGCUUUCUGAACAAGAUUUAUCCAUCUGUCCAGCUGGUCUUGUUUUGCACCCUAACAGGAGUUGUUUCACAUCAACUCAAAGCCAUCCGCAAGCGCAUAUCGUCGGCUCCAACUUCGGUUGAAGCUCAGCGUUCCCAACUGAUUGCUCUCCGGAAUCACCAUCGCUUAAUCUGCAAGACGGUUCGCAAACUAAACCGCUACUUUGGAGUCUUUCUGACUAUUGAAGUCGGCUACGUAUUUGUCAUUUCCAUUACUACUUCUAUGUACAUCCUGUUGGGCGGGAUGAGCAUUGACGGGCUCUUGGAACUGUUGAACGGUUCCAUUUCGAUCGAUGUUUUCAUUCACCUCUUUCUUCUGACUUCUUUUUCCGAUGACAUCGUUAGUCAGACAGAUAAAGUCUACGAGGCCUUGUUACAGUUACUUUAUCACCAUCCAUCGUUACAAAAUGAGGUGUCCUUAUUCACUGAGCAGCUAACGCACAUGAGACCCCAAAUCAGUGCAUUCGGUUUCUUUGCAGUGGGUAAACAUCUUUUACCAUCGCUAAUAGGAACAACGUUGACUUACUUCCUUAUCCUUCUGCAGUUUCAUUCAGCUGAAAAACCACCAUAA